AUGGUCGUGAAUAAUCCUAACAACUGGCACUGGGUCGAUAAGAACUGCAUUGACUGGUCUAAGCAGUACUUCAACGAACACCUCGUUGGUACUAAGGCGUCGAGCGACGAUGGAACCUACGUCACUGUGGACUCUGUCUCAUCGUUGGAAGGCGAUGUCGAAGUCUGUCAGAGAAAGGGCAAAGUGAUUUCACUUUUCGACUUGAGAAUCAUUAUGAAUAUUGUUGGUGUUUCCGUGGUUGAUCCUGAGAAGACUUUCAAGGGUUCAAUUACUGUUCCAGAGUUGGCUUACGAUACCGAAGAAGACGAGAUACAAUUCGAUGUCAGUAUCUACAACGAAGAUGCUGAUCUGGAGAAGAUGAGGCUUUUGGCCAAGAAGGAGCUCUUGCCUCAGCUUAGACAGAAAUUGCUGAAGUUUGGUCCUGACUUGAUCUCCACCAACAGUAAAGACAUUCAGCUUGAAAGUGACAAGGUCACUUCAUCCUACACUAGAGAAAACCAAAGCCAGGGUUCUUCCAAGUCAGCUGAGAAGGCUGCACCAGCUAAGUCUGCCAGCAGCACGCCAUCUUCAAGUACUCCAAAGCCUAUCGCCGAUGGUGUCCCUCGUUACAACACCUCGACGCUACAUCUCGAGCCUACCUUCAACACCACUGCUGAGCAGCUCUACAUUACCCUUUUAGACAGAGAGAGAAUCGGAGCUUGGACUAGAUCGGCACCUAUCUUGGAUGCUUUCCCACCUAAGGAAGGUUCUGAGUUCAAGUUAUUUGGCGGCUCGAUCUCGGGUAAAUUCACCAAACUCGUUCCCAAUGAGCACAUCACCCAACUCUGGAGACUCGAAGAAUGGAAGCUGGGCCACUACGCACAGCUCGACAUUCUGUUGAAGCAAGGUGCUGGAGAAACCACGAUGGUCGUCAAGUGGACUGGAAUCCCUGUUGGUGAAGAAGACCGAGUUAGAGGUAACUUCGAGGAAUACUACAUCCGUUCCAUCAAGAUCACCUUCGGUUUCGGUGCUCCAAUUACCUGUCAAGCCGCUGUUGCCUGGGAAGCUGGCAAGCCUCUUUCCAUUGAGGAAAUCACCGUUGACCCACCAAAGGCCCAUGAAGUCAGAUUCAAGGUGUACAACACUGGUGUUUGUCACACUGACGCCUACACUCUUUCUGGUGUUGAUCCGGAGGGUGCUUUCCCAGUUAUUUUGGGACAUGAGGGUGCUGGUGUGGUUGAAUCUGUUGGUGAGGGUGUUGAGAACGUCAAGGUCGGUGACCACGUUGUCGCUUUGUACACUGCCGAGUGUAGAAAGUGUAAGUUCUGCAAGAGCGGUAAGACCAACUUGUGUGGCUCUGUGAGAGAAACUCAAGGUAAGGGUGUUAUGCCAGACGGAACCCUGAGAUUCCACUGUAAGGGUAAGGAUCUUUUGCACUUUAUGGGAUGCUCUACUUUUGCCCAGUACACUGUUGUCGCUGACGUUUCUAUCGUCGCUGUCAACAAGACCGCUGGCUUCGACAAGACCUGUCUCUUGGGAUGUGGUAUCACUACCGGUUACGGUGCUGCCACCAUCACUGCUGAUGUCCAGGAAGGCGACAACGUCGCUGUUUUCGGUGGUGGAUGUGUCGGUUUGUCCGUGGUCCAGGGUGCCAAGGAGAGAAAGGCUAACAAAAUUAUUGUGGUUGAUAUCAACGACAAGAAGGCCGAGUGGGCUGAAAAAUUCGGUGCUACCGACUUUGUCAACUCUGCCAAGUUGCCAGAAGGCACUACCAUUGUUCAAAAGCUCAUUGAGAUGACUGACGGUGGCUGCGACUACACAUUCGACUGUACUGGUAACGUCAAUGUCAUGAGAGAUGCUUUGGAAGCCUGCCACAAGGGUUGGGGUACCUCUGUCAUUAUUGGUGUUGCCGCUGCCGGUAAAGAGAUUGCCACCAGACCAUUCCAAUUGGUUACCGGUAGAGUCUGGAAGGGUGCUGCAUUCGGUGGUGUCAAGGGCAGAACUCAAUUGCCAGGCAUCGUUGACGACUACUUGGAAGGUAAGUUGAAGGUCGAUGACUUUAUCACUCACAGACACAAGUUGGACAAGAUCAACACUGCCUUCGACGACAUGCACAAGGGUGACUGUAUUCGUGCUGUCAUUGAAUUGUGA